GACAAACUCCUGCCUCGGGUUUAAAAGAAGGGGGGAAAAAAGGGCGGUGUGGGGAAGAGAGAGAAGGCAAAACUUUUGCGGCAGCCCCGGGAGGAGCAGGCAGGGCCGGAGCUGAGCGCGGCGGAGCCCCCGCACCCUCCGCCCGCCCCAUGGCUUUAUAAAGGGCUGCUCCCCGGGGGGGGCUGCCGGGGGGGCUGAGCGCCUGCUCUGCGCUUCUAGACACAGCUUGGAUUGCUUAUUUUUUUUAUUAUUCUUUUAAUUUUUAAAAUAUUUUUUUUCAUCCCCUCCUCGAGCUGUGCCGAGCCGGUGCCCCGUUUUUUGGGGGAGCAUGGAUACGCACACGCGGUGGAAAAGGCGCAGUUGGAUACGGAGCUGCUCGGUGCCCGCUGCUGUGCUGGUGCUGUUGGGUGCCCUGUCCCUCGGCCGGGCAGCUGAACCUGCAGACCUCUUGAAGGUGUUAGAUUUUCAUAAUUUACCUGAUGGUAUCACAAAAACCACGGGCUUUUGCACAAGCAGAAGAUCUUCAAAAGAAGCAGAUGUUGCUUACAGAGUAACAAAAGAUGCUCAGCUCAGUGCCCCAACAAAGCAGCUGUAUCCUGCUUCCCCCUUCCCAGAGGACUUCUCCAUUCUAACCACUGUAAAAGCGAAGAAAGGAGGUCAGUCCUUCUUGAUCUCAAUUUACAAUGAGCAAGGGAUCCAGCAAAUUGGUGUGGAGUUGGGUAGAUCUCCUGUAUUCCUGUAUGAAGACCAUACAGGAAAGCCAGGCCCAGAAGACUAUCCUCUCUUUAGAGGCAUUAACCUAGCAGAUGGCAAGUGGCACCGAGUGGCUCUGAGUGUGCAGAAGAAAAACGUCACCUUGGUUCUGGACUGUAAAAAGAAAAUCACCAAGUUCCUGGACCGGAGCGAGCAUCCCAUCAUCGACGUCAACGGCAUCAUCGUGUUUGGCACCAGGAUAUUGGAUGAGGAGGUCUUUGAGGGUGACAUCCAGCAGCUCCUGAUCGUGGCGGACCCGCGGGCAGCCCUGGAGUACUGUGAGCACUACAGCCCCGACUGUGACACCGCCAUCCCCGACUCGCCCCAGUCCCAGGACCCCAACCAGGAUGAAUACUACACGGACGGGGAGGGAGAAGGUGACACUUACUACUACGAGUACCCCUACUACGAGGACGUGGACGAAGCUGUCAAACCAGAAACCCCCACCACCAAACCCGGCCCUCCUGAAGUGGCUGCUGGAGAGAAACCCGAGACCAAGCAGGAUUAUCCAGCUCCCACAGCACCCCCUGAGAGAGGGAACCCCGGGAAGCAGCCCAAGGAGGACGGAGCGGUGGAUGAUCCCCUGGUUGAUGAGUACAACUACGAGACCAUCAAUGAGGAGUAUUUUACCCCCAUGCCCUAUGAAGAUAUCAACUACAACGAGGAAAUCGAUCCCCAGGGUGGCCUCACUGAGAAUGCAGUGGAAGCUGAACUUCCCACGAGCACUGUCGUCACCUACAAUGAGACUGAUGCUGCUCAAGGAGGGGAUGACCUGGAUAAAGAUUUCACUGAGGAAACCAUAAAGGAAUACGAUGGGAAUUAUUAUGACAAUUAUUACGACCGGACGGCCUCUCCUGACAUUGGCCCUGGCAUGCCAGCCAACCAGGACACCAUCUACGAAGGGAUCGGUGGCCCCCGGGGUGAGAAGGGGCAGAAGGGGGAGCCUGCCAUCAUUGAGCCGGGAAUGCUGGUGGAAGGCCCCCCUGGUCCUGAAGGCCCAGCAGGCCUUCCAGGACCUCCAGGACCAACUGGACCCGUGGGCUUAAUGGGUGACCCAGGGGAGAGGGGCCCACCUGGACGCCCAGGUCUCCCAGGAGCAGAUGGAUUGCCAGGACCACCAGGGACAAUGCUUAUGCUGCCUUUCCGCUUCAGCGGCGGAGGAGAUGCUGGCUCCAAAGGACCCAUGGUGUCAGCCCAGGAGGCACAAGCCCAGGCUAUCCUGCAGCAGGCCAGGCUGGCACUGAGGGGACCAGCGGGACCCAUGGGCCUGACGGGGCGGCCGGGCCCCAUGGGACCCCCGGGCAGUGGAGGACUGAAGGGAGAAGCUGGAGAAAUGGGGCCUCAGGGUCCACGAGGCAUCCAAGGUCCUCCCGGUCCUGCAGGGAAGCCAGGCCGCAGGGGACGAGCUGGCAGUGACGGUGCCCGGGGGAUGCCAGGCCAGACAGGACCAAAGGGUGACCGAGGCUUUGAUGGCUUGGCUGGUUUGCCUGGUGAGAAGGGGAACAGAGGUGAGCCAGGCCCCCACGGCCCCCCAGGGGCUCCUGGAGAGGAUGGGGAGAGGGGAGAUGAUGGAGAAGUUGGACCCAGAGGUCUCCCUGGAGAGCCUGGACCCCGAGGACUGCUGGGCCCCAAGGGACCCCCAGGACCCCCAGGACCACCGGGUGUGGCUGGCAUGGAUGGACAAACAGGUCCCAAAGGGAAUGUGGGCCCUCAGGGCGAGCCAGGGCCCCCAGGACAGCAGGGGAACCCAGGGGCUCAGGGUCUUCCAGGUCCACAAGGCGCCAUCGGUCCCCCAGGAGAGAAAGGCCCCCUGGGCAAACCUGGUCUCCCUGGCAUGCCUGGUGCUGACGGGCCCCCGGGUCAUCCUGGCAAGGAGGGUCCUCCUGGAGAGAAGGGGAGUCAGGGUCCCCCAGGUCCUCAGGGCCCCAUUGGUUAUCCAGGACCUCGUGGAGUCAAGGGAGCAGAUGGAGUUCGUGGCUUGAAAGGCACCAAGGGGGAGAAGGGUGAAGAUGGUUUCCCUGGCUUCAAAGGUGACAUGGGCAUCAAAGGAGACCGGGGGGAAAUUGGCCCUCCUGGCCCUCGGGGUGAGGAUGGACCCGAAGGUCCCAAAGGUCGCUCUGGCCCCAAUGGAGAUCCAGGUCCUCUUGGUCCUGCUGGAGAGAAGGGAAAACUCGGUGUGCCAGGGCUGCCUGGGUACCCGGGCAGGCAGGGCCCCAAGGGCUCCAUCGGCUUCCCAGGAUUCCCAGGAGCCAACGGAGAGAAGGGCACACGGGGCACUCCUGGCAAGCCAGGUCCGAGGGGGCAGCGUGGUCCCACGGGUCCACGUGGGGAAAGAGGCCCCAGGGGAAGCACUGGAAAACCUGGCCCAAAGGGCAACUCUGGUGGUGAUGGCCCCCCUGGUCCUCCUGGAGAAAGGGGACCACCAGGGCCUCAAGGACCGACUGGAUUUCCUGGACCAAAAGGCCCCCCUGGUCCUCCUGGGAAGGAUGGAUUGCCUGGGCACCCUGGACAGAGAGGAGAAACUGGUUUCCAAGGCAAGACUGGCCCUCCAGGCCCCCCUGGUGUCGUAGGGCCUCAGGGUCCAACUGGUGAGACUGGACCCAUGGGUGAGCGAGGCCAUCCCGGCCCCCCAGGUCCCCCAGGAGAACAAGGCCUUCCUGGUCUCACUGGCAAAGAAGGGACCAAGGGGGAUCCUGGUCCUGCUGGCCUCCCAGGGAAGGAUGGUCCCCCUGGAUUGAGAGGGUUCCCUGGAGAACGAGGCCUCCCCGGCCCCAUUGGUUCUCCAGGGCUGAAAGGCAACGAAGGUCCCCCAGGCCCCCCAGGCCCAGCCGGCUCUCCUGGGGAGCGUGGCCCUGCAGGAUCAGCUGGCCCUAUAGGAUUGCCAGGGAGACCCGGCCCUCAGGGACCUCCAGGACCUGCAGGUGAAAAGGGAGCCCCAGGAGAGAAGGGUCCCCAAGGACCGGCUGGCCGGGAUGGCAUCCAGGGCCCCGUGGGACUGCCGGGCCCGGCAGGUCCUGUUGGACCUCCUGGAGAGGAUGGAGACAAGGGUGAGAUCGGGGAGCCUGGGCAGAAGGGCAGCAAGGGUGACAAGGGGGAGCAGGGUCCCCCAGGCCCCACUGGUCCCCAGGGCCCAAUUGGUCAGCCUGGUCCUGCUGGAGCUGAUGGAGAGCCCGGGCCCCGAGGACAGCAAGGCCUCUUUGGUCAGAAAGGUGACGAAGGACCCCGAGGUUUCCCUGGUCCCCCCGGCCCCGUGGGCUUGCAGGGCCUGCCUGGACCACCUGGGGAGAAGGGAGAAACGGGUGACGUUGGGCAGAUGGGCCCACCAGGCCCACCAGGACCCAGAGGUCCAUCUGGGCCACCAGGAGCAGAUGGUCCACAGGGUCCUCCUGGAGGAAUAGGAAAUCCUGGUGCAGUAGGAGAGAAGGGUGAACCUGGGGAAUCUGGUGAGCCUGGUCUCCCUGGCGAGGUUGGCCUGCCGGGCCCUAAAGGUGAAAGAGGUGAAAAGGGGGAAGCAGGUCCCUCUGGUGCUGCUGGUCCACCUGGCCCCAAAGGCCCACCAGGUGAUGAUGGCCCCAAAGGCAGCCCUGGUCCAGUUGGUUUCCCUGGUGACCCUGGUCCUCCUGGAGAGCCUGGCCCAGCUGGUCAAGACGGCCCCCCUGGUGACAAAGGUGAUGAUGGUGAACCUGGACAGACUGGUUCCCCUGGGCCCACAGGAGAGCCAGGCCCCUCUGGACCCCCUGGAAAACGGGGCCCUCCUGGUCCAGCUGGUCCUGAAGGAAGGCAAGGAGAGAAAGGAGCCAAGGGGGAAGCUGGUUUGGAAGGACCUCCUGGGAAGACUGGACCCAUUGGUCCCCAAGGUGCUCCAGGGAAGCCUGGCCCCGAUGGCCUUCGUGGGAUUCCUGGCCCAGUUGGUGAACAAGGUCUCCCAGGAUCCCCUGGCCCAGAUGGUCCUCCAGGCCCAAUGGGCCCUCCGGGUUUGCCUGGUCUGAAAGGAGACUCUGGUCCUAAAGGGGAGAAGGGUCACCCAGGUUUAAUUGGUCUCAUUGGACCACCAGGAGAGCAGGGAGAAAAGGGUGACAGAGGCCUCCCAGGCCCCCAGGGCUCAGCAGGACCCAAAGGAGAGCAGGGUAUCACAGGUCCCUCUGGACCCAUUGGACCUCCAGGGCCCCCAGGAUUACCGGGUCCACCUGGUCCCAAAGGUGCUAAAGGCUCAUCAGGUCCCACAGGUCCAAAGGGUGAAUCAGGUCUUCCUGGGCCCCCAGGGCCUCCUGGUCCUCCUGGAGAAGUCAUCCAGCCCCUGCCCAUCCAGGCUGCCAAGAGGACCAGGAGGAACAUUGAUGCCAGCCAGCUGCUGGAUGACGGCAAUGCCGACAACUACAUGGACUACGCUGAUGGCAUGGAGGAGAUUUUUGGCUCCCUGAACUCCUUGAAACUGGAAAUCGAGCAGAUGAAGCACCCCUUGGGCACUCAGCACAACCCAGCACGCACCUGCAAGGACCUGCAGCUCUGCCACCCUGAUUUCCCAGAUGGUGAAUACUGGGUUGAUCCCAACCAGGGGUGUUCCAGGGACUCUUUCAAAGUUUACUGUAAUUUCACGGCUGGUGGAGAGACCUGCAUCUUCCCUGACAAGAAAUCUGAAGGAAGUAAAAUGGCUCGUUGGCCCAAAGAACAGCCUUCCACAUGGUAUAGUCAAUACAAGCGGGGGUCCUUGCUCUCCUACGUGGACUCGGACGGGAACCCCAUCGGGGUGGUGCAGAUGACCUUCCUGCGUCUCCUGAGCGCCUCGGCCCGCCAGAACAUCACCUACAACUGCUACCAGUCGGUGGCCUGGCACGAUGCCACCACCAACAGCUACGACAAGGCCAUCCGCUUCCUGGGCUCCAACGACGAGGAGAUGUCCUACGACAACAACCCCUACAUCCGGGCUGCCCUCGAUGGCUGCGCGGCAAGGAAGGGCUACCAGAAAACCAUCCUGGAAAUCAACACGCCCAAAGUGGAGCAGGUCCCCAUAGUCGACAUCAUGUUCAAUGACUUCGGAGAAGCGGCACAGAAAUUUGGAUUCGAGGUGGGACCAGCUUGCUUCCUGGGCUAAAAGAGCCACCUGAACCUAGUCUCCAAAUGAGCAACCUCGUAACCUCAUUGCGCCAUUUAAUUAAAAACAAAAAAAGAGAAAAAAGAAAAAAAAAAGGAGAAAAAAAAGAAUUCCUCGUCACGUGCACGGUCUGAAACUGGACAGCGAUGGGUUAUUAUUUUUUUUUCCCUCCCCCACCUAUUUUGUUGUGUCCCUGGUUUUGCCCCAGCCCCUCUGUGCCCCCCCAGCCAUUCCCAGGAUGGAUAUGGAAUCUCAUGACCAACAGCCACACACGGAGACCUGGCCCUGUCCCUGCUGCCACCGCUGCUGCCCCACGGCCACCGAGCUGAGCCCACCUCCAGCAAACUCCUCCUGCCUCCUCCUCCUCUUCUUCUCACCAGGAAGCGUUUGUUUGUUCCUAAGGAAAAAAAAAAUGGAAAAAACUUGAAAUUCCUCGUCCAGCUUGAUGUUGAAGUCCCGGCAGUCCUGGAUCUGAAGCUCCUCAGAGGGGUUUUGUUGCCUUCCACGAGGUUUGGAUCAGCUCCAGCAUGGCCAAUUCCAGAAUUUUCCAUGUUUCCUCCGCUGAGUUUGCCUCAUUCCACGUUUUCCAAAGUGCUGACUCAAGGUCACACUGGGCAUCUCUUUGCCGUGUCUUAAAGGUGCUUCUAUUUUUGUAUGUUUGUGAGUAAAUAUUUGUGUCGUAUUUUAUUUGAAAUGUUGGAAUGUUUCCGCCUUCAAACCACGCAAGUGACCUUGUCUGUAUUAAAGCCACCCCAUCCCAGCCAAGCUUCCAGCUGGGAAUGAAGACAGCAGCUCCUGGCCCCACUUCUGCCUCUUCCCAGCCCCAAAGUGGGACUGGAAUUACCCCCAGGAUCAGGUGCAAACCAGCCCCCUGAGCCACAGAUGCCUUUUGGAAUGAUUCCUUUCAAAAUGAAGAAAUUAAAGCCUUUUUUUUUUUUUUUAACAAAUUCCCUACAAAUCCCCUGAUCUAAGAGCAGGAUCUGCAUUGAGUCUCUGCCUUUUCACCCACUUGCUUAACACCCACAUUUUAAAUUUCUUCUUCUUUUUUUCUUUCAGCAUUCCUUUUAAAAUGAUAAGAAUUAAACCUGAAUCCAUUCCCAGUGGCAGAUCCCAGUGGCAGGGGAAAUCCAUUUGUCCUCUCUGAAUAUCAAGAAUAAAAAAAAAUUAAAAAAAAAAUAAUAAUAAGAAGAAAGGUGCUUUUUAUAGUUAUUUUUACAUAUCUCUGUGGUGCUAUCUGAUAACUUUAACCCAACACUGGGGAUACCCUGCCACUGGCCAAUCUCCCACUUGGUUUUUUAGGCACUUUCAGGCAGAUUUUGGCUGCUGAUAAAUGCAUGGCACCUUCUUAUCUCUUCUGUCCAAAUCCUGCUCCUCUCCUUCCUUGGAUGGGCCCGUGUAGAAAAAAACAUUAAAUGUCCUUACAAGUUUUUAUAUUAUUAUUAUUAUUACUAUUAAUAUUAUUAUUACUAUUAAUAUUAUUUGGUUUUCCCACGAUACCCAUGUCUUUUCCUGGCUGGAAGCAGAGCAGAUUGUCCUCAGUGGCUGAACGUUUGUGGUGCUAAUUUAUGUAGAUGUUGGGUGUCCUGAAGCAGUGCUGCCCGCCCAGCAAUCCGGGGAAUUUGCAAUUUUCCUGCUCUUCCCACUUUUUUUUUUUUUAUUCCUUCCACAGCUCACAACGUGCUGACACCCUCUUCUUUUCCCAUUUAUUUUUCCUCCUUGCCCGUUUUCCUUCUCCAGGUCUCUCAGCUGGAAAAUAACUGUUGCAAGGUGGGGUUUUUUAUAAAUUAUUAUUCUUCGGCCUGGAGCGUUCAGCUCAAGGGGGAUUUUUCACCACCAAAGAAAAGACAUCACAUUUACUGUGAAAAAAAGCCUAUAUAUGAUGUCUUUUCCUCCCUCCUGCCCAAACUGAGAGCAGCAGCACCCGAGGAAGGGAGGCAAAGCCGUGCUGGAGGGAGCGGCGAUGCCCGGCGGUGCUUUUUGGGGCCUGGAGGAGCCGUGUCCAUCCCUCUCCCUUCUUCUCCUGUGCUCUCUCCCACUUAAGGGAAUUGAAAAAAAAAAAACAAACCCCAGAAGGUGCUACCCUAAAAACUGCAGACUCCGGGCAGCAGAGCAGUGAAAAGGAAUUUAGGAUAAUAAAUAAGGAAUUCAGCUUCUCGGUCACCUUGGCAACAGCGGGAAGGGCAGGAAAGGUUGCGCAUCCCAGCAAAGCCAUAUCCUGAUAUUUCUGAUAUUUGUCCACACCUGUGUGUCUGCCCAGGUCAUGGGAUUCUGUUCUCAAUUUUCUCAUUUUCUCAUCAAGGGAGCUUUUUUUUUUUUUUUUUUUUCCCCUUUGGUUUCUCUGCUUGAAGAAGAAGAAGAUGAAAAAAAAAAAAAAGAAAAAAAAUAAUAAAAAUUGCCUCUGUUGAAUUCCACAGUGUUGUAAUUGUACUGAGCUCCCAACUGUUCCAAUCCCCCCCAGACCACUUAGCUACGGUAUAUUGCAAUAAAAUUACUACUUGUAUUUGCAGACCUUCUUUUUGUGUAAUUUUAUUUCCCUCCUCCCCUUAAUAUAUAUUGACUUGAACAAAUGUUGAUAAGAAAAAUAAAACCUAUGGAAAAAAAAAAAAACCCAACUUUUAGUACAUAAGGCCCUUUUUAAAAUAUAGUGUCAAAUGCCGUAUUGUACAUUUCUUCAAAGUCCAAUAAACAUGUCAUAAAAUUUAAGUGUAAUGCCCAUAAGAGCUAUUUUUAAAUAUUUUAAACCUGUGUAAUAAAGGAAUAAAUGUAAUAGGUUUUUUUGUCAAUAAAUCAAGUUUACUGUUUCCACCUAAACCCCCGUGAUGUUGAAUCUCUUCUUGGAGUUGAUUGCAGCGGGAUUUCCCCAGGACCCCCCUGCCCUGUGGAGCCUGGAAAGUUCAUCAGAGCAGCAGUGGGAGUGCUUAAAGUGAGAAAUUCCAGUGCAAAAAUCCAACCUGCUUUUGGUGGCUGGGAUGUGGAGGAGAAGAUUGUGUGGCCACCAGCUCUUCACCUUCUCCACAGCACCACAAACGUCACCAGAGGAGUUUUUCAAUUGCUGAUCUUCUCAUCCCAAGACAAAUUCAGGAAAAAAACAUUUUUCCAGCUUCUUGGUUUCACCCCAGGAUCCUCUGGAAUUCACUGUGGGAAGCUGCAGCAGUGCCUGCCACUGGAUCCGAGUCACUCUGGUUCUUCAAAGAGCCCCUGCUCGGUGCUGCAGCUCCAGGAGAUGUUGGACCUUCAGGAGGUGGCGUUUGGAGCGCUGCAGCCCUGCUCUGGAGGAAGAGGCCCAGCCCCCUGCGCUGCUCUGUGACUAGUGACUCCCUGCUUUUUAUCUUGGAUUCCCUUGGCUUGCUUCAGUUGGACUCGAUCGUCUUAAGGUGUUUUACAGCCUGAAGAAUUUUGUGAUCUAACUGGUGGAGCACUGGCUGUCCCUAAAAAAGCUCAUCCUCCAUGAUUUUUAGCCCAGGGGCUCUCACCAAACACAGCUCCCCCAGCCCUGCUUUGAGCUGGGGCUGCACCAGCAGGGACCAGCACACCCCAGUUCCUCCUGGGAGCUGGGAAAGGGGACCAGGAUCUGCCAUGUCCCCCUCCCCGUGCCCCUCAGGGUCACAUUGGGACCACAGCUUCUGCUCUCCACAAGAUGUCACAGCUCUGGGUGGGAUGCUCCUGCUGCUGUCGCCUCUCCAAGAGAUGUUCCUCCCCCAUCUCCUUAAGCCCUGUGUUUACAACAGACUGGUAAAAAAUAAAAAUGGCCAAGAAAGGAGCGUUGGCACCGAGUAAAUUUAGAGACCAGAUCCUGGGCAUCCCCUCCCUGUCUAGCUCUUGCAAGGGGUGAUAAAUUCAGCAUUCCUUCCCCCUGACGGGCAAUAUGGAGCCCAUUCCUUCACUCCUGGGAUUUAGACUUGGGGGUGACCCUACAAUCAGCAAAAAAACUCCUUUUCCGUGGAUCCUGGGCUUCCUGGGAGGAACAAACCAGCCUGGAACAGAGGAUGGCUCAGCACUUUAAUCCUAGAAAGCAGCAGAGGGGCACGGUGUCCCUCUGUUGUCCCCAGCUGGGGACAGCCUGGCCCAGGCUGGGGGCAUUGCUGGAGCAGAUGAAGAUGAAAGCUGGUUUUUUUUUUAGAGAUUACCUGUUUUCCAUGGAUAUUCCUCCUUGAUGGGAUGAUGGGAUUUGGGCUGGCAUGGAUGUGCCCUCUGGAUCCUGCCCCAGCCUCCUGGAGCAGAGAGGAUGUGACAGCAACGCUGGCUCGCUGCAAAACUUUUAUUUUCAGGGGUUUUUCUUGCCUGGUUUUUCCUAGAAAUAGAAAAACAUCUGAGAGCAGCUGGAGAUGAACCAUCCCACCAGGUCCUUGCACCUCUUGAUUGCCCUCUCCAUGGCCUGGAGAAUCUCUCCCUGCCCUGCAGGGCUGCUGGAGCAGGAGCAGGAACAUCUCCAGGUCACCAGUUCCACCUGCUGACCUCGGCCUGCUGAGAUAAAGCGAGCUCGGGGAGAGGAAAUGGCCUUGAGAAGUGCCAGGAGUGGGUCAGCCUGGAAACAGGAGAGGUUUCUUCACUGGAAGGGUUGGUCGGUGCUGGAAAAGCUGCCCCGGGGAAUGGGUGGAAGGGUUUAAAAGACACAGGUGUGGCACUUGGGGACAGGGUGAAGUGGUGGCCUUGGCAGUGCUGGGUUAAAGGCUGGAUGUGAGGGUUUUCCAGGGUUUUUCUGUGAUUCCAUGACCCAAACCCAUCCUGGGGGCUGCAGUGAGGACACACUGCAGGUGCCAGGGGCAGGGGCUGGUUUGUGUCACUGCUCUGGAGCUCUGGGACAGACCCCAGGUGGCUCCAGCUGAGUGAGGGGGGUCAGGACCCCCCAAAUCAGCCCCAGCAUCGCUCCAGAGCUGGUGGAGUGAGAUCAUGGAUGGGACUCAACUCAUCCUCAUCUCCCUGCUGCCCAGGCAUGGGGAGAACUCCCAGGCUCCAUCAGGAUGGGGUUUCCAAUCAUUUUGGGGGUUCCUACCUUUAAUUUCCAGUCCCAACAGCCCUUUGUGGCUCCAAGGGAACCCACCUGAAAAUGUCCGCGCCACGGAGCCGUUCCCCACUUGAAGAGGCUUUGCUGGGGCCCGUCCAGCACCCACCACAUGCCUGAAUUCCUGUUUAUUUUUUCAAAGCCCGAGAUUUUGCGUUGUUUUGUCUCUCAUUUUGCAGAGUUAAUCGGAUUGGCAAGCACAGAAAGGAGCUGUCGGGGGAGGCAGCUGCCGAGCAGCACAAAGCUGGGGGGAAGGGCUCGGAAAUAUCAUUCAGAGG